AGUUCUCUUCUUUCCAUCGCGAUGGACGCGCUACUUGUCCCGCUAGCCGCUGCGCUCGGGGCUUCCGUCGACCAGAUCAAGCUUGUUUUUUGUCUGCUGGUUGCAUACCCACUCGGAAGCGUCUUCAUUCGAAUACCUGCAUCUCAGCCUAGUCUCAAGCAUCUCUUUAAUGUCCUCGUUUCGGCGUUCUUCUUCAUACCCGUCCUUAACCUUCCAUCGGGGCUCGCCCAGCUGCUGGCAAGCAUCCUUGGGACGUACUUCAUUGCUGCCAACGUCAAAGGACCCAUGAUGCCGUGGAUAGUAUUCGCCUUCGUUAUGGGACACCUUACUAUCAACCAUCUCAUACGUGCAUUUUACGAACUGAGCUAUGAAACAUUUGAAAUUACUGGACCGCAGAUGGUCCUCACGAUGAAACUGACGACAUUUGCUUGGAACGUUUGGGACGGACGACGUCCUGCAGAGGAUUUGGACAAGUGGCAGCUUCAGAAACGCGUCACUAAAUACCCAUCCCUGCUAGAAUUCCUUGGAUUUUCUCUUUACUUCCCAGGCAUUUUGGUCGGGCCAUACAUAGACUACGCUUCGUACUCCUCAUUGAUUGAUGGGUCUCUUUUCAAAGCACACCCCGAGCCCAAGAAAGCUUCAAGAAGAAUCAUUCCUAACGGCAGGAAGCGUGUCGCAUACCGUAAGAUGGUCGUCGGGCUUCUGUUUUUGGGCGCCUUCGUAGUUUUGGGUCCAAAGUUCCAUUUCGGAAUCGCUCUCACCCCUUGGUUCUUGAAUCAGGGUCUCCUGAAACGCAUUGUCAUUUUCCAAUUUUGCGGGUUCAUCGAACGGUGCAAGUUUUAUGCUGUAUGGACGUUGACCGAGGGGGCUAGCAUUCUGACUGGUCAUGGAUUCACUGGAUAUGGUCCAUCAGGAGAGUCACUUUGGGAAGGAGCAGCCAACGUCAAGAUUCAAACCAUCGAGCUCCCUCCCAACUUCAAGGUUUUACUCGAUUCGUGGAACAUUAACACGAACGUCUGGCUCAGAGAGUGCAUCUACAAACGUGUCACUCCGAAGGGCAAGAAGCCUGGUUUUAGAAGCAGUAUGUUAACGUUCUUGACCAGCGCUUUCUGGCACGGUAUCGCACCCGGCUACUACUUAACCUUCCUCUUUGGCGGCUUUAUCACCGCCGCUGCACGUCGCUGCCGUUCCGGAUUCCGUCCCCUUGUUCUUCCAUCGCUAGGAGCUCCAACAACGACAGCCAAACGUGUAUAUGACCUCAUCGGCAGCAUUGCAUCCAUCCUACUCCUUAAUUACGCCGCCACACCGUUCAUGCUCCUCACACUGACAUAUUCGUUGGAGGCAUGGCGUCGACUGCACUGGUACGGUUUCUGGAUGGUCGGCUCUGCACUCGCAUUCUUUUAUUCUGGAGGAUCGAAGUAUUUGCAGCGAUUGCAGAAGCAACAGGCGAAGGCGAACCCGGCUGUGGUGGCCGAGGCGAACAAGACGAUGCCACAGACGCCUGGACCAAUGGUUGUUCCGCCUUUGGAGGGAGCAGUAGAUGUGGCUUUGGUCAAAUCUUAAGGCUAAUAGAUAAUAGAUAAGGGAGUAUGUUUCUUCCAUGUUGGAUUGUCUCUUAUCGGGUGUAAAUUAUGUGGCGACCAUCUUGAUGAUCAUGAAUUGGUUCAGUACUGGGUUUCACAGGUUGUUUGUUUCAUGUUCAUCAUCCGAAGUACAGAUCCCUCCCUUGCUGUGAUGAAUAUUUGCUGUGUUCAGGUAAACAGCUCAACUUACCACGCCCGGCUGAUCUUUCAG